GGGGGCAACGGAGAAAAGGGGACGAGAAGCUCAAAAAGGGGGCAGAUGCCUCCCAAAUGAGGAAAAAGGGCCACUCUGAUGUAGAAUAAUAUUAGGAUGUAAAGGAUAGAUAAAGGAUUGGCAAAAUUACGUUUCGUUUUGCAUUUUGAGCCCAUCCCCAUUUCAUUAUAUUUCGAAAAAUAAACUAAAUUCCCGUUACUAGUCUAUGGUGACGAUCUAAAAAUCGAAUGCCGGAUCGGGAUACGACUUAACUGAUCAAUCGGUCAUUUGGAUAGUAUGAGAGAGAAAGAAUUAAUCAACUUAAAUUUUAAAGAUAAUUUGGAGAUCACAAAUGUUAAUAGCUGCAAAUAACGAGAAUGAUAGACUAAAUGCAACUAUAGCAUUAGAAAAGGCUAUGAGACAAUUUGUAUCAAAUCGAGAAAAGUAUGCCGAGGAGGAUAUUAAAGCAGUCCGUUCCCUCGCCAUCGCCCCCUUUGCAAUAUGUAAUCGUCUAAUCGGCGACUUCCGGACAGCCUUGCGUGAAUUAAAGUGCACAAACCAUCAUUCCAAUACAAUGCCUCUGCUUGUUAUUUUUGGGGCUAUGUUAAUUCUCGGAUUUGGAAGGACCAUGCCUUGGUCUCUAGGGAUACCCUUAGUAGACGAUAAUGUAAAGAAACAACAAAUGCCUAUUUAUUUUGGUUAG